CGGAGCCGGAGCGGGUCAGAGGGGGAGUCUGCAGGGUCCAAAAUACACAGGAGCUGCGAAUCAGAAACUCCGCAGACCUGCGCAACUUUUCUAACAAAGCUCCGUUUGGGUUUUAUUUCUACCUUUGACUUGAUUCUGGUGGCCGCAAAGAUGACCACAGCCGUGGUGACGCCUUUCUUCGACUUCGAAGUAAUGAACAAGAACAACAAGCUGCUCAGCUACAAUAACAACUUGGGUGCCCCUCACCCCAUGUCUGUCCCUUGCACUGGCACCAACGUGCCCCUCUCUAGUCCCGCCGGAGCCCUGCUGGACAGGAAGGCGGUUGGAUCUCCCUCAGUGGGAGUUGUGUACCAGCGGCGGCACUCGGUCAGCAGCACAAAGUUCAGCCAGAACCAGUUUCUGAACAGCCUGAAGACGGCGGAUCACUCCUCGCUCAUCUCAGGGGUCGGAAACAUCAGCAACAACAAAGAGAACCGCCUUCGAGACCGCUCCUUCUCCGAGACGGGUGAGAGGCUCAUCAACAAGUGCCUGGGACCUGCCAGUCCCACUUGUGGCAGCAGCCAAGUGAACUCCAGCCGUUACAAGACCGAGCUCUGCAGACCCUUCGAGGAGAACGGUUCCUGCAAGUAUGGCGACAAGUGUCAGUUUGCCCACGGUAUCCAUGAACUGCGCAGCCUGAGCCGCCAUCCCAAAUACAAAACCGAGCUGUGCCGCACCUUCCACACCAUUGGCUUCUGCCCAUAUGGGCCCCGGUGCCAUUUCAUCCACAAUGCCGAGGAACGCCGUGGACCUCCCCAGCAGUCCUCCCCUCUGAACCCUUCCAACAAGAUGGAGAAGCCUCGCCUGCAGCACAGCUUCAGCUUUGCCGGCUUCUCUAACUCAGCUGGGCUGAGAGACAGCCCCACCUCGGUCACCCCGCCGCCCAUGUUCUUCCCCGAUGAGGUCGCCGAUUGGCCCUGCAGCAACCCCUUCACCUACUCCAGCCAGGAGCUGGCCAACCUGUUUGGGCCCAGCCUUGGUGGCGGCCCUGUCGGCACGGAGCCCAACACCCCUGCGCCUCCCUCGCCAACAAGCACCCCUUACUUUUUCAGACCCAUGCUGGAGUCCCCUCAGAUGUUUGAGGCUCCAUCCAGCUCUCCAGACUCUCUGUCAGACCAAGAGGGCUACCAGAGCAGCUCUGGUGGCAGCCUGAGUGGUUCCGAGUCCCCGACGCUGGACACCACCCGUCGCCUCCCCAUCUUCAGCCGCCUCUCCGUCUCUGACGACUAGAUUGCACGCAUCCACACGUGACUGUAGUUCGAUGACACAAAAAAAAAACCAUGGCACUCCCCCUCUACCUCUCAGCCUCCUGUAAGCAUCCCUGUCCUCCCCCUACACAAGACGCUGUCAGGUCCUUGUCAUGGUAAGGAUGUAAUCAAUUAAGGGAACCUUCUUAACUCUUAAAAUAGUUUCAGCCCAGUAAUUAUGCACGUCAAGUCUUAAAAAAAUGAUGCCAUGUGUCAUAGUGCCAAAAGAGGAGAGGAAAUCGAACAAUGAAAAUGAUGAGAACAAGAAAUGACUGUUUCGCCAGGUGCCACUUGUUGUUUUUUGUUUUUCCUUUCUUCUUUAUUUGUUCUUGAAUGUGUAGCAGCACAAGUGGCCUUGGAAAGGGGAGUGCAUUGCACUAACCCCCCCCCAUCCCACCCACCCGCCCCACUCCCUCCCACCUUCUCUUUCCCUCUCUGAUACCACUUCCCCUGAGCUAGCUAGACGGUGCUCUCUGAUGUAAAUGUAGCUCUCCUGCAGAUGUUUUACAGACAUAAAUGAAAAAAAAAUAACAGACCCUGAAAAUGUAUGAAUAGUUUUAAAAAAAGAAAGGAAAAAAAGCAAACAAAAAAAUAUCUAAAAAGGUGCCUAGGGCGGUUUCUGCAUGCGUUUAGGGUGAAUGGACUACUGGUUAUUUUUUUGGUUCUCUCUGAUUUGUCCCCCCCCUCACAGUUCUUCUCCAGCCCCGUCUUUAUGUAAUUGACCUGGGUGAGUCUGCAGGAAGGACUUUGAACUGGAAGUUGGUUAUGCCCCUCUUACCCCUCCCUCCUCGAGUUUUCUCCUCCUGUUGCUGGUCACUGGCUUUUUUUUCUUCUUUUUUCCCCCCAAAUGUUUUGGGAAGGAAGUCUUCAUGUUAAACUGAUCAUUAAACCUGUACGACUUCGCUCCCAACUUACUUCAUCUUUGCCGAUCUGGGGGAAUUCCAGCAUUGCCAUGGUGCAUUUGUACAUCCUAUGACUUAAUGAGAUCGGAUCUCCAAGCUAUAAUACUUUACUUUUCUCCCGCUUUACAACUUGCUCCAAGGAGCACUCUGUACUCAUUACAUCUUUUUUUUUUUCCUUCAUUAUUUGAUAAUUACUUUUUAUUAAUGUUAUUACGGUUAUUAUUAUUUGAGAAACUUUCCAGACAGAAGGUUUGCGUGUCACUGCUUAUUUAACUUAUCAAAACAUAUUUAUUGGUGAUCAUAUGCAUUUUUUGUUAAUUUUGUUUUUGUAUUUAUCUGGAUAAUGAACAAUAGAAUAUAUUUUCUUUUAUGUUAAAUUAUGAUCUUCCAUAUUAAUCUAAAGAUUGUGAAGACGUUUUUGUCAGUUUUCCUUUUUUUCACAGUUUAAUAUAUUGUACUUCAAUGACUUUUGUUCUGCAACUACACUUUUGUCAAAUGAAACUAAUUUAAAGCAAAAAAAAAUGCAAAAAAAGAUGUUUUGCGUUUUGAUUAUUUAUUAUACUUUUUUUCUUUACUCCCUCUCAUUGGACUGCAAUUCCAUCGAAACUAGACUUGCUCGUUUUCAUUCCUCACGUGUCUCUUCCCUGCCCUACAAUAAUAUGACCGUAGCAGUGGCUAACUGUAUGUGAAUUUGGCUCAUUUGGUUUUGGACUGGCCCCUUUUUUGAAGUCAUCCUCACAGUAUCUGGGUUGAUUGUAGUUGCUGUAUUGGGAUUAAAAAAAGAAAGAAAAAAACUUCCAUCACUUGUUUUAGAGUCUCAAAGUUAGACCUAUGAAAUGUUUUGUCAGUAAUGUUUGUGCACCCAGUCUGUUAUUACAAGCAGCUGUGACCAAAUGGGUUGAAGAAAGUAUAUUUUAUUUGAAUUUGAUUGGAUGCUUGACGCACUUGCUUGGCCCCCUCGCGACCAGUGGAAGUGCCUCGUUUAUUACAUUCCAGGUAGCUCAGGCUUCUGUCUUUUUUUAUAUUUGAUAGUGGAGGACAGUUUUUAAGUCACUUGUGCUAUGUUGCCUUCAUGUGUUGGGAAGAGGUGAAUGGAUUCUGACACAAAGAAAGUAAAAUUGUUGAAUGUAUUUCUUUUUCCAACAAUGUUGUUUUCACUACAGUAAUUUCUGUGAGCUUAUAUGAAAACCUUUUUUUUCUCUCCUCUUUCUUUUUUGUAAGUAUUGAUUGCAGUUAAGUCAAUAAACCCUGUAUUUUUGGAAAA